AAAAAAUGCACCCCUUCUCCAAGUCAGUUCUGGAGGCUUUCUCCAGAGUUGUUAAGGUUUGUGUUGGGUAAGGAAAGACCUCCUAACAAACCAGCAUUCUUUUCCACAUGAUCAGAGCUAAUUGGCCCCCCUGCAGACUAAGUGACCAAUCACAUCAGCUUCAGCUGAAACCAGCCCCCACAACAUUAUAAACACAGGAAUGUAAGCUGUACAGCCAGUCCAAGAAGAGAAACUACACACUAGACCUGUGGGUUAAAAGCACCUGAUCAGAAACACAGGCUCUGCACACCUCCUAAGACCUACUUUGGCAGAUAGGCUGACCACUGCAAAGGAAGUGAGAAUCACAGCCUGAGAUGGACAGCAGUAACUGCAAAGUUAUUGCUCCUCUCCUAAGUCAGAGAUACCGAAGGAUGGUCACCAAAGAUGGCCACAGCACCCUGCAAAUGGAUGGCGCUCAAAGAGGUCUUGCAUAUCUCCGAGAUGCAUGGGGAAUCCUAAUAGACAUGCGCUGGCGCUGGAUGAUGCUAGUCUUUUCUGCUUCUUUUGUUCUCCACUGGCUUGUCUUUGCAGUGCUCUGGUAUGUUCUAGCAGAAAUGAAUGGUGAUCUGGAAUUAGAUCACGAUGCCCCACCUGAAAACCACACUAUCUGUGUCAAGUACAUCACCAGUUUCACAGCUGCAUUUUCCUUCUCCCUGGAGACGCAACUCACAAUUGGUUAUGGUACCAUGUUCCCCAGUGGUGACUGUCCAAGUGCAAUCGCCUUACUUGCCAUACAAAUGCUCCUGGGCCUCAUGCUAGAGGCUUUUAUCACAGGUGCAUUUGUGGCGAAGAUUGCCCGGCCAAAGAAUCGAGCUUUCUCAAUUCGUUUUACUGACUUAGCAGUGGUAGCGCACAUAGACGGCAAACCUAAUCUUAUCUUUCAAGUGGCCAACACCCGACCGAGCCCUCUAACCAGUGUCCGGGUCUCAGCUGUUCUCUAUCAGGAAAGAGAAAGUGGUGAACUCCUCCAGACCAGCGUGGACUUCCACCUUGAUGGCAUCAGUUCAGAGGAAUGUCCGUUCUUUAUCUUUCCACUAACCUACCACCACUCUAUUACACCAUCGAGUCCUCUGGCUACUCUGCUCCAGCAUGAAAAUCCUCCCCACUUUGAAUUAGUUGUGUUCCUAUCAGCAAUGCAGGAAGGCACUGGAGAAAUCUGCCAAAGGAGGACGUCCUACCUACCGUCAGAGAUCAUGUUACAUCACUGUUUUGCAUCCCUGUUGACCCGAGGUUCCAAAGGUGAAUAUCAGGUCAAGAUGGAGAAUUUUGACAAGACUGUUCCUGAACUUCCAACUCCUCUGGUCUCUAAGAGCCCACACAGGACUGACCUAGACAUCCGUAUCAAUGGACAAAGCAUUGACAAUUUUCAGAUCUCAGAAACAGGACUGACAGAGUAAAACUUAUCAAUGACAUCCUAUUUUUAAUGUAGUAAAUAUACCCAGCCAGUUAUGCAGCUACUUUUCCUUUGCUAUAUCUCAUGUUUUCUUUUUUCUCAAUGCUGAUUACUUCUGAGUACAUUGUGGCAAUCAUGUCUGUGCCUACAAAAAAAAAAGGCUGAACUAAUGAUACACAUUUUGAAAACAAAACAUUCUACCUUACAAAAUUUGUGUCUGUGGUUACCUACUGAGAUCAGUGAGACUCAACUUGACAGAUAUAUUUAUACAGAAAUGCUGCUGGUCAGUUUCUAAGGAUGUAGUAUGACACUAGAAAUGAAGGUAAAAUGGACAUUAGUUGAACAUCAUGGAACUCUAAGAAAAUCAAGCAUAAAUCUCUCAUUUCAUCUGCAAAUUGAAGCAACAGUCUAGUUCCAAACCUAGCUCCUGGGGUAGAAGACGAUUUCACAAUGUUGAGUGAACAUCCUUUUACAAUUGCUAUUUUUUCAAGAUAGCAAAGAUCAUUCCUUUGAUUCUUUAUACUACAAAACUGGGGUAAGUACUGCCUCCUUCAUUUUUAACAGCUAACAAAAAUUCAAAAGAAAAACAACACAUUAUAGAGUUAUAUAUAACCCUAAGAGCAUCUGAACAUGACAUCAAAACACAAGCAUGUUCUCUUCCUUCCUAUGACCCACUCAAUGACAAAAAAACCAUGACAGGUCUAAAUAAUUCAUAAAUACAAAUAUAUAUUUAAGUUUUAUAGAUAUAAAGGUUUAGUUAGAUAUAAAUCAGCUAGGAAAAAUCUCCCAUAGAUAAGGCAAAAAAUAAUCAUGCAACAAAGUAUUUUCAAACCGAAAUUCCUGUUUCCAACAUCAAAUAGUUUUUUCUAUAAACACAAAAUGAGUGUUUAUUCACCAGUAGGAGGUUGGACUAGAUGAUCUCUAUUAUUUCUUUCCAAGUCUAAUACUCCUUGAAAUUAUGCUCUCUCUGCCUCAGUUUUUAUUUUAUACAUGCUAAGAUGAAGACUAUCUCCUCUUAUAUACAGCUUAAUUUAGGACAUUUCUUUGAAUAAUUUUCUUUUUAAUUAAAAAAAUAAAAUUAUCCUCAAGCAAAACAAGAACCAAAAAAUUCAGUGUAUCACAUUUCAGAUUUGUAGCUGCUCUUCUUUUGUAAAAUUUCCCUUAUUCAGGCCUAUGUGGGAAAAGGGAAAGAUUAACCUUCCCCACUGGUGACAACCCAGGCAGGAAUCAUCUCUUGGAAUGAAUACUAGCUGAGUAAAGGCGAGCAACUGUGAAGAGCAGGGCACAGCAGCAAGUCACAUUUUUCUGCUCUUUAACCAGAAGGAAAAGAAAAAAACGAAGAAUUUUGGAGUGGUCUAAGACUGACGAUAGGAGGCUAUCAAGAACAUGAGAACCUAAUUAUUGUGAACUUCUGCUGUUUAAAAAUCUUAAGACUUUCAUUCUUUACUAGUCAGACCAACAGAUUUUUUCCAAUUCAAGACUAUUGUAAACACAUAAAGAUAGCAGAAAUUCUUAUUUCUAUGAUAAAUUAACAAGAAAAUAAAGUAGUACCAAAGAG